GGAAGUAGGCAAAGAAAACAGAGCUAAGGCAGGACCCUCAGCAUCUCCAAACUGACACAAAGCUUUGUGAACCUUGGUUGAGUUCAGGGAGGAAUAGAUAGAACUGUAGGGUGUAAAAGCGCUGAAGUGUCCGCUGUAAAGCUCUGCUGUUGCUGCUAUGAGCCUGUUCAUCUUAUUCUCAGUACUGCUUGCAUCUCUGAGUGGCAGCAGAUGUGCUGUGAUCACUGGGGCGUGUGAUAGGGACGUCCAGUGCGGCAUCGGGAUGUGCUGUGCGGUCAGCCUGUGGCUGAGGGGCCUACGAAUGUGCACACCACAGGGGUUUGAGGGAGACGAGUGUCAUCCGUUCAGCCACAAGGUACCGUUCCCUGGAAAGAGACAGCAUCACACCUGCCCCUGUCUGCCACAAUUAGUGUGCACCAGAUUUAUUGACAGCAGAUAUCGUUGUACCAAAGAUUUCAAAAGUAUAGACUUUUAAAAGCACAGAGCAGAGACAGGGAGAAAACCGAGGACUGCAAGCUAGGAGAAAUGAGUACUUGACAGAAAAAAAUUAUAAACUGGAAGUGCCACGGUCUCUGUUGUUUUGUUUGUCACGUUAAUGCACUUUACACAAUACACUCUUAUCAUUUUUCCAAAAUAGCUGUGGAAACCCUUGAGUGGUUCAGAAAUACAAUGUCAUACAAU